AUGGACAAACCUACACCACGCAUCAACUCUGCUUUACGAGAAAACUAUGUCGAACGCACUAUCCGAAUCAUUGGCAAGAUUGUCACUUUUUCAGGCGAAACAGCAGUGAUUGAAGCACCUGAUCAUGGGCACGUCAUGAUCAAGUUGAAUGGGGAAAGUAACUGGAGUGGAAGCUUCGUUGAAGUGAUUGGUCGCGUUGAGAAAGACUUUAGUAUCAUGGAAUUCAAGUCAGCGAACCUUGGUGAUGAAUUUGGCAAGUAG